CCACACGUGCGUAUCCCUCUCCAACCACCAUCAGCCCACGCCGCGAGCGUUAUCGUUUCCCUUUCCCACUCUCAAAACCCGCCCCCGUCUGUUCGCCCGAUUAAACGAAGGAUAUGACCGCCGAGGUACUAUCGCACCAAAACGGUGCUGUUGUUUCCAACGGAGAUCUGAGUACAAAAAAUUCAAUCCCUAACCCCUCCACCGACUCCAAGAAGUCCCGCGAGAGCGAGCGACGUCGUCGUAGGCGCAAGCAGAAGAAUAAGAAGAACAACAAGACUUCCCAGUUAGAAAGUGAGGCCGCUAAUGGUACGGUUUCCGAAGCCGGCGACAGCGACGUUGGCGAAGACGAAACGAAGGAGAACACCGAUCAUCAGCAGGUAACGGAACAAAUUGUGGUUGAGUAUGUUCCCGAACGAGCUGAGUUAGAUGAUGGUAUUGAUGAGGAAUUUAGGAAGGUUUUUGAAAAAUUCAGCUUCUGGGAAGCUGCUGGUUCUGAGGAGACAGAUAAGAAGGAUGAGUCUGCUCAAGAUGCGGACUCGAAGAUGAAGGAUGAGUCUGAUUCAGAAGAGGAAGAACAGGAUGAUCAACAGAAAGAGAAAGGCCUAUCGAAUAAGAAGAAGAAGCUUCAAAGGCGGAUGAAAAUUGCUGAACUGAAACAGAUUUGCUCAAGGCCUGAUGUUGUAGAGGUCUGGGAUGCAACUGCUGCAGAUCCUAAGUUGCUGGUAUUUUUAAAGGCAUAUCGAAAUACUGUUCCAGUGCCAAGGCAUUGGUGUCAGAAAAGGAAAUAUUUGCAGGGAAAGCGUGGUAUUGAGAAGCAACCUUUUCAGCUUCCUGAUUUCAUUGCUGCGACAGGAAUUGAGAAAAUUAGACAGGCUUACAUUGAAAAAGAGGACAGUAAGAAGUUGAAGCAAAAGCAACGUGAGCGUAUGCAGCCCAAGAUGGGGAAAAUGGACAUCGACUAUCAGGUUCUCCAUGAUGCAUUCUUUAAAUAUCAGACAAAGCCAAAGCUGACAACUCAUGGAGAUCUUUAUCAUGAAGGGAAAGAAUUUGAGGUAAAGCUGAGAGAGAUGAAGCCAGGCUCUCUAUCACAUGAAUUGAAAGAAGCUCUUGGUAUGCCAGACGGUGCUCCACCCCCAUGGCUUAUAAAUAUGCAGAGGUAUGGUCCUCCACCAUCGUACCCGCAUUUGAAAAUACCUGGGCUAAAUGCACCCAUUCCUCCUGGAGCAAGCUUUGGUUAUCACCCUGGUGGCUGGGGCAAACCUCCUGUGGAUGAGUAUGGACGACCUUUGUACGGAGAUGUUUUUGGAGUUCAGCAACAAGAACAACCUAACUAUGAGGAGGAGCCUGUUGAUAAGUCAAAGCACUGGGGUGAUUUGGAGGAAGAGGAAGAGGAAGAAGAAGAGGAAGAAGAGGAAGAAGAGAUUGAGGAAGAGGAGUUAGAGGAUGGAAUUCAAUCUGUCGAUAGCCUUUCGAGUACUCCUACUGGUGUUGAGACGCCUGAUGUCAUUGACCUUCGUAAACAGCAGAGAAAGGAGCCUGACAGGCCCCUUUACCAAGUACUUGAAGAAAAAGAAGAGAGGAUUGCCCCUGGAACUUUACUUGGUACAACUCACACGUAUGUGGUUAACACUGGUACCCAAGACAAAUCAGCUGCCAAAAGGGUUGAUCUUCUAAAGGGUCAAAAAUCUGACAGGGUGGAAGUCAGUCUACAGCCAGAGGAGUUGGAAGUCAUGGACAAUGUGUUGCCUGCAAAGUACGAAGAAGCUAGGGAAGAGGAGAAGCUACGAAGUCAACAUGAGGACUUCAGUGAUAUGGUGGCUGAGAAUGAGAAGAAAAGGAAGCGAAAGAUGCAGGAGAAAGAGGGGAAAUCGAAGAAAAAGGAUUUCAAAUUCUGAGUAGGCCAUGAAUUUGUUCCUGGUGUUAGGAGAAGAAGCUGGCGUCUUAAUGAUGUUCUGGGAAUGCUGGCCUGGAUUAUCCACGUUAUUGGAUACUGACUUGCUUCUUCCUCCACUUCUGUGCUAGAAGAUGUUGUACUCAAAAUCGUAUUUACAUCAAAUGUAUGCUGCGUAGGCGUUGCGUUCUAUAAUAUAGAUUUAUAUGUCCCAAAGCGUUUCCAAGACUAGCAGUUUUGCCCAGCGGAUUGAAAACAGAGUAUCUUAACUCAUUGAAGGCGUUGGGUUGCACUUUCAUCUGAAGAAUGAGUGCCUUUUUAUUUUUUAGUUUUUGAAUUACUAGCUCUUGUAAGUUAGACGGGGAAAGUAAUUUCAACCUCAGUAUAAUAAUCAUUAAUAAUCUUUACCCCA